AAGCCAAUUCUCCAAACCAACAAACCCAGAAGAAUUAACGCUUUCAAAUUCUGUUAACUAAAACAGUCCGCCCUAAGAAACCUCGCGAUAUCACUCAAACUACUACUCCCAACAUGCACAGCGGCUUCGGUCCGUCCGCCUAUCCCCUUGAUUUUGGAGGGCCCCAGCGUGCCGCGAGGCACGAAAGGCAGCCUGGGGGUUGUAGUUCUCGUGGACGCCUACCGGUAUUGCCAGCGCGGCAGUGGCGGCUUUCUCGGUUCGGUCCAGCCGGUCUUGUAAGGUAGCUGAGACGGAGAAAGGGCGCGGAACUGGAAAAGGGUGAGUCAGGCACUGUCUACGCGAUAAAGGGAGGCGGCACCGCGGCGUAGAGCUGAGUUAAGUAAGUGCGGCCCCUGCUUAUUCAGGGACGCCGCGAUCUAGCGCCAGCGAGAAGAGGGCGAGGAGGAGCCAGAGCCCGGUCCUUGCACCCAUUCUCGCCCUCGCACCCCGCCGCCAUCUCCAUCAUGCAGUCCCGGGAAGAAGCUCCGCGCUCUCGCCGCCUGGCCAGUCCCCGCGGCGGGAGGAGGCCCAAGAGGAUUUCCAAGCCUUCAGUUUCGGCUUUUUUCACGGGCCCGGAGGAGCUGAAGGACACGGCUCAUUCUGCAGCUCUGCUGGCACAGCUGAAGUCUUUCUACGACGCGCGGCUGUUAUGUGAUGUGACCAUCGAGGUGGUGACACCUGGCAGCGGGCCUGGCACCGGCCGCCUUUUUUCCUGCAACCGUAACGUGCUGGCUGCCGCGUGUCCCUACUUCAAGAGCAUGUUCACUGGUGGCAUGUACGAGAGCCAGCAGGCGAGCGUGACCAUGCAUGAUGUGGAUGCCGAGUCCUUCGAGGUGCUGGUCGACUACUGCUACACAGGUCGCGUGUCGCUAAGUGAGGCCAACGUGCAACGCCUUUACGCGGCCUCUGACAUGUUGCAGCUCGAGUACGUGCGGGAAGCUUGUGCCUCCUUCCUAGCCCGCCGCCUUGACCUGGCCAACUGCACUGCCAUCCUCAAGUUCGCUGAUGCCUUCGACCAUCACAAGCUGCGAUCACAGGCCCAGUCCUUCAUCGCCCACAACUUCAAGCAGCUCAGCCGGAUGGGUUCAGUUCGGGAGGAGAGCCUGGCAGACCUGAGCUUGGCCCAGCUGUUGGCCGUGCUGCGUCUGGAUAGUCUAGACAUAGAGAGUGAGCGGACAGUGUGUCAUGUAGCAAUGCAGUGGUUAGAGACGGCUCCCAAGGAGCGCGGUCCCAACGCUGCGGAAGUCUUCAAGUGUGUCCGCUGGACACACUUCAGAGAUGAAGAUCAGGAUUACCUGGAAGGGCUGCUGACCAAGCCCAUUGUGAAGAAGUACUGUCUGGACCUUAUUGAAGGGGCCCUGCAGAUGCGAUAUGGUGACAUGUUGUACAAGUCUGUGGUACCAAAGCCAGAGAGCAGCAGCAGCUCUGUUGUAUCUGUAGCAGAAAAUCCACCUCAGAGACUGGGUAUGUGUGCCAAGGAGAUGGUGAUCUUCUUUGGACACCCUAGAGACCCCUUUCUCUGCUAUGACCCAUACUCAGGGGACAUUUACACAAUGCCAUCCCCUUUAACCAGCUUGGCUCACACUAAGACUAUCACCUCCUCAGCUGUCUGUGUCUCUCCAGACCAUGACAUCUACCUGGCUGCCCAGCCCCGGAAAGACCUGUGGGUGUAUAAGCCAGCCCAGAAUAGUUGGCAGCAGCUUGCCGACCGCCUGCUGUGUCGCGAGGGCAUGGAUGUGGCCUACCUCAAUGGCUACAUCUACAUCUUGGGUGGGCGAGACCCGAUUACUGGCGUUAAACUGAAGGAAGUGGAAUGCUACAGUGUUCAGAGAAACCAGUGGGCACUGGUGGCUCCUGUGCCCCAUUCCUUCUAUUCCUUUGAACUAAUAGUGGUUCAGAACUAUCUUUAUGCUGUGAACAGUAAGCGCAUGCUGUGCUAUGAUCCUAGCCAUAAUAUGUGGCUGAACUGUGCUUCUCUUAAACGUAGUGACUUUCAGGAAGCCUGUGUCUUCAACGACGAGAUCUACUGUAUCUGUGACAUUCCAGUCAUGAAGGUCUAUAACCCAGCCAGGGGAGAAUGGAGGCGGAUUAGUAAUAUUCCCUUGGACUCAGAGACCCACAACUACCAGAUUGUCAAUCAUGGCCAAAAGUUGCUUCUCAUCACUUCUACCACCCCUCAGUGGAAAAAAAACCGGGUGACUGUUUACGAAUACGAUACCAGGGAAGACCAGUGGAUUAACAUAGGUACCAUGUUAGGUCUUUUGCAGUUUGACUCUGGUUUUAUUUGCCUCUGUGCUCGCGUUUAUCCUUCCUGCCUUGAACCUGGGCAGAGUUUCAUUACUGAGGAAGACGAUGCACGGAGUGAAUCUAGUACUGAAUGGGACUUAGAUGGAUUCAGUGAGCUGGACUCAGAGUCAGGAAGUUCAAGUUCUUUUUCUGACGAUGAAGUCUGGGUGCAGGUAGCACCUCAGCGAAAUGCACAGGAUCAGCAGGGUUCUUUGUAAAUAUUUUGAAUCACUAAGAUGUUUCUACUGCUAUGGAAUGUAUCUUUAAAAGAUAUCCUUUCCUUUUCCAAAAAAAAAAAAAAAAAUGUUGAUUAGGACUGCAGAUUUGGUUUAGAAAGGGUUAUGUUUGAAUUAUUAAUGUAAUGUUACAAAAUUUUAACAGUCCAGGAGAUCAAACUAUAUAAUAAUUUACUGUGCUAAAAGUUGAGAUUAAAAUAUGCAAAAAACAAACUAUAUAAUUGAUAAGAAUGCUUGGUGGUUUUUUUCAUUGUUUGAGUAUUUGUUGCACCAGUGAAUUGUUUUGGUUAGUUACACUGUUUAUAUUUUAACGAUCUACCUUAGUCUUCUGUUAACUUCAUAAUUCUGUUUAGUGCUGCAAGGAAUUUAACUUUUUAAUUUUCAUAGUAUAAAAUUGGACUAGAAGUUGUAGGGAGUUGAAGGUUUAUAUUUUCCUUCAGAGUAAUGAAAGUAGAUUUCCCAAGUUUUGAACUAGCCAGUUUUUAGUAUUAUAAGUUAAUAUAGUUUGUUCAAUUUGGUUUGGUUUUCUCCUCAAUGCAAAGGAAAAAAUCGGAUAUAUUUAGAGGUUAUAAAAUAGAGAUUUCAUUUUGAUAAUGUGCAGAAUGGUCUUAAGAGAUCACAGAAAGUAAAAAAAAAAAAAAAUCCGGAUUCUACUGCUUUAAAAGAAAUUUCACUUUUAAUUUUGGAAUAUAAAAUGUAUUUUCUAAAAGUGACCAUUUUUCUAUCUUAAAAAACAUCCAUUCUGGUAGUGUCACCAAUUAUUUAAACACCCUUCUAAACCAAAGGAAAAAAAAAAGAAAAAGUAACUUGCUUUGUAAGAUCAUAUUUUUAAUCUAUCUCUUGUACAUGCUUCAUUGAAUCAAAGGAACAAUCCUUUUGUUCACUGGACAUAUGCUUGAGUAAUGUAAAUUUUUAUCCAUUGGUCAUUCCUAGUCUUAAAAAGUUUAUAUGCUCUCCUAAAAUAUUUUGGCUGUAUAGUUUUGGUGUUCAUCUUAGAGGAUUCUUCAGCAGGAAGUGAUUUAUUCUUUACUGUUUUUGUGAGGUAGUACUGGUUUUGAAAAUACGUUUAAGCUAAAAAGAAUAUUUUAUUGAGAUCAGUGGUUACUGUGUCUAUCAACUCUAAAAUCAAGUGCCAGCAGAGAACUUUAAAACUUUAAGCUGUGUAUGGAGCUGUUUUGUGUAGCAUUGAAAUGUUCUAUCAAGUUUUGUCAGUCACUGUAUAUGAUUAUCAGCUUGAAGGUAUUUUUGUAUUAAAAGUUGACAGUUAAAGAACAUAAGUGGAUGAUGGCAUUUGGGGCCAAUAGUGAAAGUAUGUUUCCUCUAAAAUAUUUCCCUAGCAGUGGUAUAUAUACAUGGUUAUUUUAUUAGGGUAUUUCUCUGUGAACCAUGCUGCAGUCUUUGUUUUUUGUCUCUUUGUUUGUUUUUGUAUUACCAUAAAGUAAGGGAAAAUCCAGAAAUAGAGACUAAAUCACACAAAAUUGAUCUUGUUAAAUACAGAAAAAUAUAGGUGCUUACCUUUUGAGGGUCUCUUAAUACAUAUGAUUGUCACAAUGCAUAUCCGUGAUAAAUGGUGUACAUAAUAUAGAUGCUUCUAGCCUAUAAAUUUUUCUAUACCGACCUAGAAUCCUCUUUCUGCAUCUUUGUUCAACAUGUUAAUUCCUCUUCUGUUUAUUCUCUAGUAGCCGAAUGCCAGCAUUUUUUACACCAUGGCACAGUACUGAGAAGUGUGCUCCAGGAUAGGGAACUGCAUUUGAAUGAAAAAAGAGAGGGAGAGAGAAAAGGAUUUAAAAAAACAAGCACACAAUGUUUUCUUAUUCAUUUUCAUUGGGCAUCUGAAGAGUCCAUAGGACGUUCCUGUUUAACAUUAUUUCUAGUGAAAUAGGAUUCUUGCUCUAGCAAUAUGUUCCUAAGAAUGUCUUCCCUCAAAACAGUAAACAUGCUCUAGUGGCCUAAGGCUACUUUUUGUUCGUUGUGAUAUCAGGGAUGUUGUUAUAAGCACUGGUCUCAGCUUAGAAAGCUGUUUCUUAAUAGUGUUAUUUUUUGGCCAAAUUUCUUCACCAGUAACUUCUUUUUGAUAGCUUUUUGUUUUGUUAGGUUGAAGUAGGACAGUGCUGAUCUCAACCAGAUUAUCCAUCUGCAGAAUUAAGGUAUGCAACUAAUUGAUAAAAGACAAAUUCUGUAAUUUGUCAUUUUCAUCCUUCGAGUUAAGUAUAAGCUAAUUAGCAGUAAUAUCGUGGUUUACAAAGAAGUUUUUUGGGGGAAGAAUUUUGGUUUCGUGAUAUAUUUGUGAAUUAGGGAAUAGAUGUUAACCAUUAUUUUAUAGAUAAGUGAUUUGUAUAUGGUUAGUUACAAAUAAAAAUGGCACUAGAACCCAGGCCUUCUGAACUCUUAAUUUAGUGUUUCUGAUAAAUGUAGAAUACCCUUGCUUGUGCAGCAAGUGACCCAGCUAGCAAUGUUGAAGUCCCUUCUUGAUGGGAAAGCAACUUUGUCUCAGUUUUACAAUUAAUUGACACAUCUUUUAGCACAUGCUCAAUAAAAUAUUGUUUGCAGGGGC